AUGACCAUGGCCGUUGUACUGGAUGUCAGCUUCCAAACCCGGCGUGGUCAGCUUAUCCACGGCGUGCUCAAGCUCUACGACCGUCGAUUUGGCUCAAGUCUCCGCAAUAUCCUCACCAACAAGCCCGCGCCAUACACGCAGGAAAAUGAGGCAGCGUUUGAGACCUUCGUCGGGCGGGGCAUGAUGCCUGAAUUCAUCCACUACCUAAAGCAAAAGAGCGAGACUGAGACACUCCCCAUCGCAGCUCGGCAGUUCCUUGAGGAACCCGAUCGCACCAAAGGCCUUGCCAAGUUCGAAGCAACGCUAUGGCACGACUGCAUUGAGUACUUUGAAUGCGAGACCAAGGCCUACAACCGACUCGCCGAUCUCCAGGGCAAGUUGGUUCCGCGCAUGCUAGCCCAUGUAAGUCUGUCGCCCACGAAGCUCGCGACGAGCAUAGCGCCGGAGGCAGCGCCCUACUUCGAUGUUAGAGGCAUCCUUCUAGAACGCAUCGAUGGAUAUUGUUUGGGAGACGUGGAGCUAGGUCCCCUGCCACAAGACUUGAGGACGUUGCAGCAGGUCAUCCAGUCGGCCGCUGAUGCAGCGCACGAGAUCAACAAGCGCGGCAUCAUCAUGAAUGAUUGUGCACCGCGCAACGUGGUCGUAGACGGCAAGUCGAACACACCACGCAUCGUCGACCUGGCACAAUGCUACUUCCGGGAGGAGCUGGUGGAACAAUGGUACAAAGAUGGGUGGCAAGAGGACGAGGAUUGGGAUCCGGAUGUCGAGUAUUGGGAGCAAGCCGAGAAUAACCCAGCGGCGAUUGGACUGGUGAUGGUGACUCGUAUACAAAAGAGGACGGGUGUGAAGCUGGACAUCAGGUAUCCCGACUAUAAGGAGAUCAUUGCCGGGAUCAGGCGGAGAAAAGCGGAGGUAGCUGCAGCGGAGGGAAAAGGGGCGCCGCAAAAGUCGAGUUGA